UCAAAGAUUUUCGUGAACAAUUUUCGUCAAUGAUAUUCAGAAGCUGGUCGGAAUAACAUUGCAAACGUGAAAAUAUAAAAAUAUUUUGAUUUUAAAUAAAAGCAAAACGUGCGUUUAUAUAAUAUUUCUGAAAGUAUACUUGUGCAAUUGAAAAAUAACAUGGUAGAAUCAGGAAAAAAAAUCAGUGAAUUACGUGUCUGCGACCUAAAAGAUGAGUUAGAGAAGCGCAAGCUUGAGACUAUUGGUCCUAAGGCGGUCCUGAUUGAACGUCUGGAGAGGGCAUUAAAAGAGGAGGGGGUAGAUCCCAAUACACAUUUGAUAGUGCCGGCAGCAAAGAACAAAAAACCAGUGCCAGUGCCAAUGAAGGAGGCUGACCCAGAAGUAAAAAUUAAGGAUGAGCCACUUGAUGACGAAGAUGGUGUGCAGGGAAAUGCACAAACUGAUGGAGACGUCGAUGGCGUAGGUGACAAUGGGGCCAAAGAAUAUAGUGCUCACGAUGCGGAUGAUAAUGGGCAUGAAAUUGAUCAAGUGGGUGAUGUCGAUGAUGAAUGUGUUAUACUAGACGACGACGACGAUGAUGAGGAUGACGAAGACGCCCAUGAAAAGUAUGCACAGAAGCAAAGUGAGAAUAUCGAUGUAGUUAUAAAGGCCGAAGCCGUUUCUGCUGGUGAUGAGGAUAUGCAGGAGGAAAAUACAGGUGAUACUGUUAAUAUGGAUAAUGACGAGUCGAUUAAUUUGACAAUUGGUGAAGAAGAACAAAAGCUAUUGCAUGAUGAGGCUCCAGAUGACAAGUCUGUCAAGUCGGUUAAACCGUCUAAUAAGUCAGACAAAUCAAGUGCAAACUCUAAGGAUGCGGAUAAAAAGAGUCAUAAGGAUGACGAUGCCGGACGCGCCAAGAAGAAGGAUGACAAGUCUGCUGAUAAAAAGGAUAGCAGCGAACAAAAGUCGUCGGGCAAAUCGUCGAAUCAAAAGGACGAUAAAGAAAAAUCAACUACAGCCGCAGGCAGCGCAAUAGCAGCGCCGGCGACAACUGGUGCUGGCAACAAGUCGGGCUCUGGCGCAAGCUCUGGCACUGCUGCUUCAACUGGCAACGGCAAUGGCAAGCAGGCAUUGCUGUCUCGCAAUCUUUGGGUAUCCGGGCUGUCCACACUGACACGUGCUAGCGACCUGAAGGCAAUUUUCUCCAAAUUUGGCAAGGUUAUUGGUGCCAAGGUGGUGACCAAUACACGGACUCCAGGCACACGUUGCUACGGCUACGUGACCAUGUCGUCAUCGGGUGAUGCAUCGCGUUGCAUUGAGCAUUUGCAUCGCACGGAGCUGCAUGGACGCAUUAUAUCGGUGGAGCGUACCAAGAAUGAGAUUGGUGGCAGCGCCAGCUCCAGCUCAACAAAGGAGGGUAGCAACAAGUCGCAGAGCAGCAACAACAAGGGCAACAGCAAGCAGCAACUGUCGAACAACGAUGCCAAAAAGAAGGAUGACGAUAAGAAGCAGCAUGCUAAGGGUGGUGCUGAUGACAAAAAGGGAGGCGAUGCUGUUACUGGGGAGAGCAAGCAAGCGGGCGCUGACGGCAGCAGCAAACGUGAUGGCAAGGAGCGUAAGGAUCGUGGCCACAGCCACAAAUCUGGACGCGACGACAAGGACAAGGCUGGUGGCGCUGCUGCUGAAAAGCGACGUGAGCGCGAUCAUCGUUCGGGCACUGGGCACCGUUCACAGAAUCGCGAUGACACCGCGCGCCAGCCGCGUGAUGUUGAUCGUGAGAUUCAGCUCCGUCAACGUGAUCGCGAGCGUCGCCAGCUGUCGUAUCAGAAGAUACGUGAGGAGCGUGAACGCCAGCGUUUGCGUGAGCGCGAACGUGAACUGCGUGAGGAGGAGCGUCGUCGGCGAGACGCACGCGACCGACAGCGCCUGGAAGAGGAACGUCUGGCCGAGGAGCGACGCAAGCUUGCCAUCGAGCGAGAGCGCCUGGAGCGCGAGAAGGCCGAAUUGCUGCGCAUGGAGCGAGAGCGCCAAAAGCUGGAGCGUGAGAAAAUUGAACUGGAGCGUCUCGAGCUGAAGCGACAACAAAUGAAGAUGAUGGAAACUCGUGAUGAUCCUGUUAAGCGCUCCGUAAGCAAACGUUCCGAUGAUCGUUAUACUGAUGUACCAGAUCGCAAGCGUGCAACGGUUUUCGAUGCACCACCGCCACCACGGUUUGAUGCUAGCUUGGUCGGCUCACGCAACGCUGGCAACUAUGAUAAGAAGCACGACGAUUAUGUCGGUUCGUCGAGCUCAAAACGCGGUCUGGACGAUUAUGCCAGUUCCAAGCGCUUGGAUUACUCUAAUAAACGUGGUGAUUAUGGCACCACAACUGGCACCAAACGUGCCGCUAUUGAUGAAUAUUCUGCUGUGCCCAGCAAGCGCUCAGGCGGGAAUGAUUACAGCUCAAGCAGUUCAAAGCAUGAUUAUACAUCUUCAUCGACCAGCAAGCGUGAUGAAUACAAGCGAGAGGUAGAUGUGCGUCAUUUGCCCGUUUCGACUGUUGGAUCUGGCGGCUCCGGCAGCUCCUAUGUACACAAGGGCAAUGCCAACGCUGCCGGCUCUUACGUGCACAAGAACAAUCCCGGCAAUGUGGCCAGCACCUAUGGGCAUAAGAAUAAUGCUGGUGGCGGUGGCGGUGCUGGUGGUGGCAGCGGGCGCUACAAUGAUUCUGAUCGGAACAACGCCACCAACUAUAGGCGUGGCGGUGUGGAAGACGCACACAGCUUAUCACACAACAAGCGCUAUGAUAAUUCAAGUGGCAGCGGUGCAGGCGGCAGCUAUAGCAGCAACUCGAAUAAUGUCAACAUUUGGGCUCCGUCUGGUGGCAGUAGCGGCAUGGGUGGCAAUCCCCUGAAGUAUAGCAACAAUGGCAUGUCCUCCAAUAUGCAUGGCAACAACUCUUGGCAAAAGUCAACACCUAUGGAAGACAACAAUUGGCGUCCCAUGGCGGCGCAGAGCCGCUGGGAUCGUCCUGGUGGCUAUCAAAGCAACAGCGGUGGUGGUGGUGCCAGCGGCAUGUAUGGCGGCAGUCGCCCCACACAGGACCGCUACGGCGGCCAAGUUACACGCUAUUAGAACUCACGUUGACAAAUAUUAUGCAACAAGAAUGAUGAUCAAUAUUUCCUUAAACGAUUAUAUAGCGUUUAUGUUAAUUUCUUUUAGUUGUAUACACUAAGUUGCUUAAAUUAUAAUAAAUAUCAUUAGCUGUAACUAACAUAAACAAACACAAAUUUUAUAUCACACUGUAGUUGUUGCUUAAAUGACUUUUCGUAUUUUUUCGAGGAAUUGUGUAAAUUUUUAGUAAGCUAUUUUAAUAAACAAAC